AUGGACGAGGAGAUGCCGACAGACCAUGCGGCGGCAUGCGAUCAGCUCGAGCAGGGCAACCUCGCCGAGCCUGAGGAGGCCGCGAUGGCUAAGCGGCUAGAGGUAUGGGUGCAGCGACACCUGGCCUGCCUGCCUAAGUCCGAGUCCCGCCUCCUCCGCGCGCUGCGCACCGAUCUGUGCUCGGUCAAGCGCCAGGUCUGGACUGCCGACGCCGUGUUCGAUCGUCUGGUCCGUCUGGGCCACAUCGAGGUUGUCGCGGACGAGACCACCGCACCGGCUCGCGCAGACGAGGCCGACAACCAAGAAGACUGCCGCCCCCGCAACAGACACAGUGAAAGGCCACAAAUGGCCCGCGAACGGGCCCCAGGCCGUAGCGGGAGUGACCGACGACCAAGGCCAGCGCGGCAGCUGCAACCUCGCGUUCGGGUGCAACUGAUCUUCCACGCUUGGCCCGAGGUGAGGGUGGAGAGCGAGGGCGGAGCUGAUGAUGAGUUGGAGGAGGCGGCGGUGGUGAUGGAGAAGGUGAUGCGAUGGGUCGAGCGGCAGGAGGCCAACCCGCAGCAGCGUCCUACUUCGGUGGAAGCGGCCAAGCGCUCCCUGGCCCAGCUGUGCUUUGUCAACGUCGGCUUCCAGCCCGAGCGACUCGUCGAGCUGCUGGCUGCGAAGAACUACCUUCGCCUUGAUCAGACGAAUGAAGAGGAUUCCAAAGUGGAGAAGAAGGUGGUAUGGUUGCUGAAGCAGACGGUGGCGGGUGGAGUUGAGGGCAAGAGAAAGAGUGAGGAAGUGGGCGAUCAGGACAAGGAACACCAAGAAGAAAGUAAGACAGGAACGGACGCAACGGAAAAUGAAGAGAAGCAAGACAGUAGGAAGAGGAUGCGCUCCCUUUGA